AUGGUGGCAGUAAAGUACACUUAUGAGAGAAAAAAGAAAGAAGAGUUUUUUUAUUCAUUUCAAUAAGAAUAAUGGGAAUGGAUUAUUCGAAAAGCUAUUUCAAAUACUAUAAUACUCAUUCGUUAUGAUUAAAAAUAAGAUUAAAUUAGAUUAGUCAAAUAAAGUAUUCGAUCUUAGUAAACUCAUUCUAUAAAUGGAUGUUAUGAUUUAAGACAAUUUUUAAGAAAUGUAAAAAAUUGUUAAUUUUUAGUUAAUUUUUGUAGAUUCAAAAAAUUAGCAUCAAACUAUAGAUCCAGGAAAUAAUUUAGAAUAAUAUGUUAGAAAUAUGUUAAUAGAAAAAAAAAGUAAUUUCUUAGAUAACAAAGAAAAGUAAAAGUACUUUAUUGAUUAAAUAAAUAAAACUGUUUAUAAAGUUAAAUUAAAUAAGUGUAUUUUGAAUAAUGAAGUUUAAUGCUUACUUAUUUUAGAUAAAAUUCAAAUUCCAGAUCAUAAAGCUUAAGAUAUGUUAGUUAUUUUUUUAUAAGAAUUAUCUCAAAAGGUAUCUUAAUUGAUUAAAGAUCAAUUUUGUUGUGCUGCUUUUUAAUAAAACCUAAACAAACCUAAAUCACCAAAAAAAUAAAUGGAUUAAUAAGAUAAAAAGCUUCAAAGUUAUGCAUACAUUUAAAUGACACUUUUUAAUUUAUCCUAUUUGACUUAAGAAUUAAUGUGUGACACAAGUUCUUAAACUAGUCAUUAAGACUUAAUAACAUAAAUAUAUACUAUAUUUAGAAAUAAAGCAAAGAUAACUUGUUAAUCUGAAUUCAAAUGUAAUACCCAGAUUUUUAUAUCAGUUGUUCUUUGUUGUUGCAAAUUUGUACAUUAUAUAGAAAACUAUCUUCCUAAUUUUUCAUUAAUCUUUUCAAAAACUGAAGAUGGUAUGAUAGAGAUGAAUUUAAUAUUUAGUUUAAAACAAUCUAGUAAAGUUGUAUCUACUUAUUCAAUUUUAGCAGCUAAUUGGGCUAGCUCAAAUAAAAGGUAAUUUAACCAAAAAACCCUUUUUGAGUCUUGUAUCAACAGAUUAUGUUUAUUACAAUCUUUUUACGAAUUACCAAAAUUGCUUCUCUUUGAUGUAAGCACAAUCUAAAUUUUGAUGUCGUAAUAUUGCACAUUGAAUCAUUUUUUAAUCUAAUAAAAUGAGUAUUCUUUGAAAUUAGUAUGUACAUUCUAAAAACAACAAUGA